AUGACAUGGUUAUUCAUAUUUGGCACCACUGUUAGUACUUUGGUUCUUUACACAAUGCGUUGGUUACUAUGGAGAAAGACAAUAGUUUGUGAUUGCUCAUCUCCAGUAGGCCGACAUGCCGUUAUUACUGGUGCUAAUUCUGGUAUUGGUCGUGCAACUGCAUUCGAAUUGGCCAAAAGAAAAUGGAGACUCACAUUAGGUUGCAGGAACAUAGAUUCUGCUAUCAAAGUUAAAGAAGAAAUUGUUGCUCUUACUGAUAAUCAUAAUGUCUGCGUAAGUCAUUUGGACCUUGAAGAUCCACGAUCAAUAGAGGAGUUCGCAAAGUCAGUAUCAUUACCUGUUCACGUUUUAGUCAACAAUGCUGGUGUAUUCCCCAAGUUCCUUCGCUCAUCGGCAUCAUUUCAAGGCAUUAAUGUUACUUUAGCGACUAAUUAUGUCGGCCACUUCUAUUUGACUUCAUUACUCCUGCCACAUCUCCGAAAGUCAUAUCAGGAAACAUCCCUUUAUCCUCGAGUGAUUAAUGUUAGCUCUUCUUUAUCACGAAAAGGUGAUUUUUCGAUAGAAACUUUAUUCUUACCAUAUGACAGUGCUUCAAAUUUAAAUUCAAGCAAAGCUUAUGCUGAUUCUAAGCUAGCUUGUAAUCUAUUUUCCCGUGAACUUCAUCAAAGGUAUGGUUCGGGUAAGGAUAAAGUACUCGAUGUAUAUUGCUUAUUUACUGGUGGAAUGGUGAAUACUAGUUUAACUCGAGAUACUCUUAUGCUAUAUCCAUCAGUCAUUCGGUGGAUUCUUAGUGGUGUAAUGAGACUGCUAUUAAAGUCUCCUACAGAAGGCAGUCAGACUUCCGUUCACUGUGCAAUUAGUACUGAAGUUCCUAGUAAGCAUAACCAAUCUGAAUCUACUCUAACACUAGCAUCAGGUAGCGGUAUGCUGUAUAAUAACUGUGCACCUAUCGAAUGGCCUGAUAAUUCCCUUGAUCUCGAUUUGGCCAGUCGACUUUGGAGUUAUACAGAAGACUUUGUUAAGUUAUCUGUUAACAACAGC